AUGUUCAUAGCUUCGAGACACCUUCCACCGAUAAAACCGGGUCGAAUUCCCUCGAUAGAGGAUUUGGAGCGGGUAAUUAACAGCCUCAGGGCUAUAUACACGUCGACAGUGGCAGGGAUAAAGGUAUCCAACCCGACACAAGGCGUGGAUGGGUGGUCGUCGAUACAUGCCAACGACGAUGGCGAGAAUGUCUACGCAUCGGACACGCGUGUGCAGUACGCGGCGGAGAACGAAGACGACAGCUUCGAGAGGAAGUGGUCGAGCAACUGGCUGACGCGAUUGAUAGCCCUAAGCGAGGAGUGGCUGGGUGAGGUUGAAGCGGGAGAGGGAGACGAGACGACGGAGGCUUACAGAGAGAGAGAGAGAGUCGUAGAAAUGGCUGCAGCGGCUCUGGCGUGUGUUGCGGGCAUGUCUGCCGCUGGUCCCAUCGAUCGCACAUUCAAUUUCAUCGGCCGGGAUGCCACACCAUUCGAGAUAGUGAUGCACGACAACACAGUCAACGGCCACGAGGAUGUCGGCGCUCAGACUUGGGGAGCCGCCGUGCACCUGUCGCGGCUGGUAUGUCGCUACCCUGACCAUUUCGGCGUGCGCGACGGGAGUCGUUUGCUGGAAGUAGGUGCGGGUACGGGAUUGGUGGGAAUUGCGUGCGCGCAAAUGGCGUCGCAGCUGGAUUACAAGCGUACACAAGUCGUUCUAAGCGACUACCUAAGCGACAUAAUAGCGAAUCUGCGCAGGAAUGUCCAAGUGAAUCGCACAAGCACACCUACACACGUUACACAUCUCGAUUGGAAUAGCAGUGAUAGUGAGAGUGCGUUAGGCACGUUCGAUACAAUGUUCGGUGCAGAUGUCUGCUACGACCUCAGCCACGCUUACAUGCUGCACAACGCAGCUGCUCAGCUGCUGUCGAAGCAGGGCACUUUCCACGUCCUCAUCGCUCUCCGUAAGACACAUGUAGGGAUGAAGGAGAGCGUCGAGGAUGCUUUCAGCGGUCGGUUCAUUCAACCAGACGGGGAUGCGUUGUGUAUAGACAAUACAGACCUCUUUGAUGUGGAGAAAGGUCUCGGCAGAGCUGAUGAGCUUGGUUACGCUCGUUUCGAGAUAAAGUGGAAAUCGCAAAUUUCUACCUCAACCUGA